AGCAUAAUCCUCACAUCACAUGGAAUACUUGCUUAGUAUUAUGCUUCUCCUACUUCUAAUAGCAUUCACUCUUUAUUUUCUACUUUCAAAAUGUACAAAAAACAAUUCAAACAUGAUCGACCUCCCACCAGGACCUACACCUCUUCCCUUCAUAGGAAACCUCCAUCAAUUAGGAAAAAAACCACACAGAUCCUUAGCUAAAUUAGCUGAAAUUCAUGGUCCAAUCAUGAGUCUAAAACUAGGCAAAAUAAUAACCAUAGUUAUUUCUUCACCCAACAUGGCCAAAGAAAUACUCCAAACACAUGAUCAUUUCUUAUCAAAUAGAGUCAUUCCUAAUGCUGUACAAGUUCAUGAUCAAAGUAGUCUUAUUAAUGAACCUGUUGAGAUUGGAAAUAUGGCUUUUAAGAUGGCGAUUAAUUUGUUGUCAAACACAAUUUUCUCUUUAGAUUUGGUUGAGUCUGCGGGCACAGUUGGAGAUUUUAAGGAGCUAGUUGUGAAUAUAAUGGAAGAAUGUGGAAAACCAAACAUUGCUGAUCUUUUUCCUUCGUUGAAGAUGUUUGAUCCACAAGGUAUUAAAGGUCGUACAUAUGCUUAUGCUGGCAAGAUUAUUGAUAUCUUCCAACGUUUGAUUGAUCAUAGGUUGAAGCUGAGGGAAGUCCAAGGUUUUGACACAAACAAUGAUAUGUUAAAUACAUUUCUCAACAUUGAUCAAGCCAACAAUCAAGAUAUGAACAAAAACAAAAUCCAACACUUAUCUCUGGUAUUUUCCUAUCCCUUUCUAGGUAAAUUAGUUAAAUGA